AUGCUUGCUUUCUUAUUGAAAAGUGCUACGAAAAUGUGUAAUAUAUUGAGUGCAUGUAACAUUAAGAGUCUAAGAACAUUAUGCACAACUAUUGAAGAUUAUACAUCACCCCUUGCUGGAAUUAGAGUUUUGGAUUUAACGCGUAUUGUGGCUGGCCCCUAUUGCACUAUGAUUCUUGGUGAUCUUGGAGCUGAAGUUUUGAAGAUAGAGAAACCUGGUACUGGCGAUGAAGCAAGGAAGUGGGGUCCUCCUUUUGUUACAGGAACAAAAGAAUCUGUUUAUUUUCUUAGCGUGAACAGGAACAAAAAGAGCAUAUGUAUUGAUUUGAAGGAAGGUAAAGAGAUUGUCUAUGAAUUGGCAAAAAAGUCUGACAUUUUGGUAGAGAAUUAUGUUCCUGGUAAAUUGGGAAGGCUGGGCCUGGGAUACAAAGAUAUUUGUAAAGUAGCACCACAUCUUAUAUAUUGCUCUUUGACUGGUUAUGGGUAUAAGGGUCCUUAUGCAAAUAGGCCAGGGUAUGAUGUGAUUGCUGCUUCUGUUGGAGGCUUGUUAGAUAUAACAGGUCCAAAGGAUGGAUCGCCGUGUAAAGUUGGGGUAGCUGUAACUGAUUUAGCAACAGGUUUAUAUGCCCAUGGUGCAAUAAUGGCAGCAUUGUAUCAAAGAAUGAAAACCAAUAAGGGACAAUGGAUUCAGUGUAACUUAUUGUCAACGCAAGUUGCUAGUUUAAUAAACAUUGGUUCAAAUUAUUUGAAUGCUAAUAAAGAAGCAGUAAGGUGGGGUUCUGAGCAUGAAAGUAUUGUUCCGUAUGAAGCUUUCCCAACAAAAGAUGGAUAUAUGACUGUUGGAGCAGGAAGUAACGUUCAGUUUUUAGAGUUGCUCAAAAGAAUGCAGCUAGUAGAAUUGUUUAAUGAUGAUAGAUUUAAAGAUAAUACUGCUAGAGUGGAAAACAGAGAUGGACUAUUAGAGAUUCUUAGAAGAGAGUUUAAAAGGAGAAGUAACAAAGAUUGGGCAGCUAUAUUUGAUGGUGCCUCUUUUCCGUAUGGUCCAAUAAAUACAGUAGCACAGGUCUUUGAAGAUCCACAUGUAAAGUACAUAAAAAUUGUAGAAGAAAUGGAACAUUCCUCAGGGGAAAAGGUCAAAGUUGUUGGUCCCCCUGUAACAUACAGUUAUGCUGCAAAUAAAGUCAGAUUAGCACCUCCUAUGUUGGGACAGCAUACUGAAGAAAUAUUGAAAGAUAUUUUGGACUAUUCUGAUCAUAAGAUACAAAGUUUAAAGAAAAUUAAAGUUGUGCAAUAG